AUGGCAGAUGAUACUGAUCAACAUCGUGACAAACGCCCCAGACUAGACGAUGACGGAAACACCGACCGAAUAGAAGGAGGAGCCUUUCCAACUGCCACGAAUCACGAUCGGCAAGAUUCCAUGGACGUAGAUGUUGACGAAGACAGGGGUGGUCAGGUGGUCAAGACCCCUGGUGGAAUUGCGGCGGGUGAGAUGACUGCUCUGGAACAGUUACAGGAAGACAUGGGUGAACCAUUCCUUCUCUGUCGAUCCAAAGUUGAACGCCAAAAACCGGACCCGCAACAACAUUUACUAGCGUUAUAUGGUUUAGGCCCGCUGCUGCGAACUGUCGCACGUACCGAUCCUCGGACAGGAGAGAAGAUUAACAAAUUGCGGAAGUCUUAUGAAGGGCAGAUCAAAAGUUUUGGUUUAGCAGGUCGCAACAAGCCCGUCAAAGGAGAGCGGAAUGUCGAAGAAGAUCAACCUGGACCACUGCGGCGAAUGGCUGGCUCAUCGGCGUGGGGACUGCAACCAGAGGAGCAAUGGAACGCGGAGCACGCGACACCCAAGAUCGAAGUCACCCCGGAUUUCAGAGCGAAGCUCAAACAGGCAAUGCAAAUGCAGCCAGGGACUGUUAGGAAUAAUGCCUAUUGGGAAGAUAUCCUCGGAUUCGACAAGCCAAAGCCGAACGCGCUACCUCCCCAACAGAAGUCUCACCCUCCGACCCCGGUGCAUGUUUCAAACGGUAUUUCUCGACAGCCCGCACAGCCGACAGCAGAGGCGAAGAGGCAAACCCGUGGCAAGAAGCGGAGUUAUGGUGAUGAUAGUUUUGUGGGAUAUGGAGAAGGCUUUUCGGACCAGGAGGACGGUGUCGACGGAGACGACUACGGCGGCCAAAGGAAACGCAAGAAGGUGAUGAUGACGACAACGAGUUCUUGA